AAAUUGUUGGCCGAAUUAGGGGAUGUGGCUGGUGUGGCUGAUCGGGUGCGUCGCAAGACUCUGGUCCACCCCACUGGAAUGCGACACGACGAAUCUUAGUUCACGUCUCUAAGCCAGUCAGGUUAAAGGGGUAGUAUGAGAAAUAACCUUUGGAUGACCGCCGGGGAAGAAACGUGCAAGGGUUUAUGGAGAUGCAAUCUUCUUUGCUGGGUAGUUUUAGGGGCUGUUAUCCGGCGUCCGAUCGUGACUAUGGCUCGUUGUGGAAACUGUGGCAGAUUAAUAUAGUACUUCCGUAUAGCUGAGCCUCAGGUGGGGGUUGGCGAUGCUGUUAAUUUCGAUAGAACGUAUUAGUGAUUUUUUCGUCUACAUCCCCGAGGUUCUUCGAGAAUAUCCUUAUUUUCACCUGGACCUUGAACAUGUGGCUUACAUUUUGGAACUGCAGCCUGGUAUCCAAGAUUUUGGCCGUCUCAGUGUGGCUUACGUUUUAUAAAUUCCUAUACCGGGACAGCGGCCUUAGUCAACAUGUGGAGAGGAAAAAUGCUACUAGAACUGCA